CUGCAAUGGCAGUCGUCAGAUGCCAUAGUCGUAUACCUGUUCCAUUUUGUUGAGCUGGUCGCUUGCUAGGUAGCAACAGUUUCACCGUUCAUUCCACGAAGUGAUUUUAGUAGUUCGUCGUCCGUUUUGAAGUACAUUGUGUUUUACACAUUUUAGUGCGAAUUUAUAAUCAAAUAUUAUUUACUCAUGCGUAUAGAAUAAAUAAUUAUUUCGUGUGUUCGUGUGAUGUUCGUUUUUAUGUAGUGAUAAUGAUGAAAACUGCAAUGAUGUACUCCAAACAUAUCAGAUUACAAUAAAUUCCUAUUAUAAUAUAUAUUGCAAUGGACAAUUGGAAUUGUACGGAUGUGUGAUUGAUUACCCAGAUGUCUAGCGCCAAUCAGGCGAUCGUCGAGAGUGAAGUAUGACGCACGCGGGCCGUUUGUCGCCUGUAAUAUGCCCGCUAGCAAAGCUGGGACGGUCGUCUCCCGGUUCUCUGGAGUUUACACCCUCCGUUCGGAAUGUGCCGUUCCACCACCCUUACACGGUGCUAGAAGCCGAGACUAGCUUCACAUACAGCCCGACGUUACGGUGUAGCUCGCCGUGUUUAGACCAAGGUUACCACACGUUAGUGACCGGCGGCGGUGUCGGCGAUUGCGCCAAUCUGCCACUGCACUCUACAGCCACCAAGCAUCGGCGGUCACAGUCGCGGACUGUCAUCGGUUCGAACUUCGAUCGGCUCCGAGAUGAGCUGGUGCUCAAGGUAUUCUCGUACCUCAACAGCGCGGACCUUUGCGCGUGCGCGGCCGUGUGCCACAGAUGGGAGAACCUCGCGUGGGAGCCCGUCCUGUGGCGGACGAUCGCGCUGUGCGGCGAGAACACCUGCGGCGACAAGGCGGUCAGGUGCGUGUUGCGCCGACUGUGCGGCCGCACCAGGACGGGCGCGUGUCCCGAGGUGCAGAGACUGUUCCUCAGCGACGGCACCAAGAUUUCCGACAAGGGAUUGACGGCCUUGGCUAGGCGGUGUCCCGAGCUCACGCACGUCCAGCUCCACGGCAGUCCGAACAUCACCAACGCGGCCAUAUCCGAGUUGGUCGCCCGCUGCCCCAACCUGCAGCACUUGGACGUCACCGGUUGUGUUAAGGUGAGCACCGUUGGGGUGUACAGUCGUCCGGAGCCAUCGUUGAGACUUUGCCUGCAGUAUUUGGACUUGACUGAUUGCCAGCUUGUAGACGAUGCAAACCUAUGUGUGAUCGUUAGUAAUUGUCCACAACUAGCCUACUUGUACCUGCGGCGAUGCACUAAAGUCACAGACGCCGGUAUCAAGUUCGUGCCGAGUUUCUGUUCGGCGCUGAAGGAGCUGAGCGUGUCGGACUGCCACCAGGUGACCGAUUUCGGGCUGUACGAGCUGGCCAAACUGGGCGCGCUGCUGCGAUACCUGUCGGUGGCCAAGUGCGAUCAGGUGAGUGACGCCGGGCUGAAGGUGAUCGCGCGCCGGUGCUACAAGCUGCGGUACCUGAACGUGCGCGGCUGCGAGGCGGUCAGCGACGACGCCAUCACCGUGCUGGCGCGGUCGUGCGCCCGGCUCCGCGCGCUCGACAUCGGCAAGUGCGACGUGAGCGACGCCGGCCUUCGGGCGUUGGCCGAGAGCUGUCCCAACUUGAAGAAGCUCAGCCUCCGCAACUGCGACCUGGUCACCGACCGCGGCAUACAGCUGAUCGCGUACUACUGCCGCGGGCUGCAGCAGCUCAACAUACAAGACUGUCAGAUAUCCGCCGACGGAUACAAGGCCGUGAAGAAGUACUGCAAGCGGUGCAUCAUCGAGCACACCAAUCCCGGUUUCUUCUGAACGUCAUUGACGAGUUGUGCAUACCGGAUGAUCCAUUUAACGCAUGUAAGGUCCACUCGAGUAUUUCAAAAACUGUUGGAUACAUUUUUAAACGAUUUAAAAUCCGUGUAAAAAAAUAACGUUAAUGGUUUUUUAAAAAAAAAAAAAAAUAACGAGUGUCGUCUUGCUUUAAAUGGAUCACUCGGUAUACUUAGGGUCGUGUACAGCGGGCCGGUACCGUUCGGUAAAAUAUUAUUGUAUGACGCGUGUGUCAACGAAUGUAUAGGAUAAUAACCGUAAAACACAAUACGCAAGCCUGUGUGGGACGGGCACGGUAUAUUAUUACAAUAAUUAUGUACCUACCUAUUUAAUAUUACUAUCGCAUAGGCGCAAAUCGCCUAAAUUAUGUGGACCCCUAUGCACAAGUGAGGUCUUGUCGUCCCCGCUGCAAUACCGCAAGUCGUGUUAAAUUAUUUGAAAUAAUUUUGGUUUUCCAGCCUAUUCGCUGCAUUCGUCGCAUUUGCGCCAAAGAAUAUAAUAUUACGUAAUCAUCAUAUCGCCACCCACGCCGACACGUUUAUAUUAUUUUGAUAUCCGUCUGUGUAAACGACGAACCUUAUUUGCCAGACACUGCCCAUAUGCAUUACUAUUAGGUAUAUCGUAUAUAUUAUUCUAUCAGUAUCAGUGGCGUGCUCAGCUUUUUUAAAGGGGGGGGGGGGCAUAUGAAUUUUUGACUAUUCUUGGACCACGUUAUAUACACAUUCGUUGCUUUAUCAUAUACUCGUAUUUUAUGGCAAAAAUAAGCCAAAAGAGGGAGUUAUGACACUAUAACCCCCCCCCCCCGCACGUCACUGUUUGGUACAUCGAGAUAUUAUAUUUAAACUUUGCCGAUAGGUACCUAAGUAAUAAGCAUACACUCAAAUCGUAAGUCUGUAGAGGUUUUUUUUUUAAAUUUAUAUGUUAAUUGUGCCCCCGUCCAUCAUAUCGUCGUUGGUGUUUUGUGCCUCAGUUAUCGCAUAUAUACCUGCCUAAAAUAAGUUAAUUGAUUUUCUAUUAGAAUUAAAUCUAUUGUGUGACCCGAUUUUGAUAAAAUGUCAAACGAUAAUAGGUAACUACUGUUCAAGGAGAUUUAUUUGCGAAAUCCACGUUUUGCAUCCAGUAACUUUUAUUUUAAUAAUAAUUACCUAAGUAAUAACAACUACCAAUGUAGGUACGAAAAUAUUAAGUUAAAAAAGUACAUUAUAUAUAUAUUGCCUUAAAAAUAUACUCAGGUACAUUUUUGGAAUAGACUUAAUUCCGUGGUUUAAA